ACCCACUGCUACAAACAUGAAAUUUGGUCAUGGGGUCACUCCUCUUCUCCUGUUUCUCUUCUUUUCAGCUCAUGUCUUCAAUUACAAUGAAGCUACAAGCACGACACAAGUAAAAGACUCUUCAGAAAUGGUUCCGUUGGUGAAUCAGAAGACGGUGAUGAAGAUGACGAUGUUUAGCAGGAGAAAGCUGGGGAGUUUCCAGAUAUGCGCUGUUUGUACAUGCUGUGGUGGAGCUCAAGGUGCUUGCUCACCAUCUCAGUGUUGCUAUGCAAUCGAUUGCGACAUUCCACACACACCCUUUGGUUUCUGUUCUUUCAUUCCCAAAACCUGUAAUUGCUUUGGAUGCCAUCUCUGAAACCUUCAUUUUAUCUAUAUAUUU